AUGGCCCUCAUGUCCGCCUCCCCUGCCGCAAGGUCAUGGGCCCAGUUGACACGAGUCCUGCGACCAAACGUCGUCCUCAGGCCGUGCCAUGCCUCCCAGCUCACCUCCCGCCCGGCCCCGCUACCGACAGCAGCCCCCCGUCAGCAGGCCCGGCACAGCUCUCACUCCCCCAUGGGCGCGGCCCCGUCCAUCCCUCGCAAAAAGGUGACGCUGGGCACCCUGCGAUCCCUGCAUAAAAAGGGCGACCCCAUCACCGUCGUCACUGCCCACGACUUCCCCAGCGCCCACGCCGCCGACCACGCCGGCAUGGAUGUCAUCCUCGUCGGCGACAGCCUCGCCAUGGUUGCCCUGGGCAUGGAGGACACGAGCGAGGUUCUCCUGGAAGAGAUGCUGCUGCACUGCCGCUCCGUCGCCCGCGCCACUCGGAGCGCGUUUACCAUUGGCGAUUUGCCCAUGGGCACGUAUGAGAUAGCCCCGGAGCAGGCUCUCGCCACCGCCAUCCGCUUCAUCAAGGAGGGCAGGAUGCAGGGCAUCAAGCUCGAGGGCGGAAGGGAAAUGGCCCCCACCAUUCGCAAGAUCACGACGGCUGGAAUCCCCGUGCUCGGCCACGUCGGCCUGACACCCCAGCGACAAAACGCCCUGGGGGGGUUCCGCGUCCAGGGCAAGACGAGCGACGGCGCCCUGCGGGUACUCGAGGACGCCCUCGCCGUGCAGGAGGCCGGGUGUUUCGGCGUCGUCAUCGAAGCGGUGCCGGCCGAGGUGGCGGCGCUCGUGACGCAGAAGCUGUCCAUCCCGACCAUUGGCAUCGGUGCCGGGCCUGGCUGCUCGGGCCAGGUACUGGUCCAGACCGACAUGACGGGCAACUUCCCGCCGGGUCGCUUCCUCCCCAAGUUUGUCAAGCAGUACGGCAACGUGUGGGGCGAGGCCACCAGGGCCCUCGAGGCUUAUCGCGAUGAGGUCAAGAGCCGUCAAUACCCCGCGCGGGAGCACACGUAUCCGAUUUCCGAGGAGGAACUCGAGGUGUUUUCCAAGACCAUCAAGGACCUGUAG